AUGCAGAAAUUUCUUUCACAAAUGGACAACAACUCCCCUUCUGCCUUCCAAAGAAAGAUUACAGGGCAUCUCACCUUUCCACUUCUUGCUGUUACACUCCUGUCAUCAUUUGGGUCCUCCAUGCUGUAUGGCUACAAUCUGGCUGUGGUAAACUCUCCAGCAGUGCACAUCAAAGCCUUCUAUAAUGCAACAUGGUACCAACGCUAUGGGCAGGGCCUGGCUCAAGGACCACUCACACUUAUGUACUCCCUGACUGUCUCAGUUUUUGCCUUGGGAGGCUUGGUGGGGUCAUUACCUGUGGGAAUGCUGGUCACCCAAUAUGGGAGGAAUGGCACUUUGAUCCGUAGCGACUUCCUUGUUCUGCUGGCUGGCAUGUUAAUGGGAUUCAGCCGCUACAUGAGAUCCCCUGAAAUGGUUAUUCUGGGACGCUUCAUCACAGGAAUUCAUUCUGGCAUCUGUAUCAGUGUGGUGCCCAUGUACCUGGGAGAAAUUGCCCCUAAGAAUCUCCGUGGAUUCCUGGGCCUGGUCCCAAGCAUCUUCAUUUGUCUGGGGGUCUUUUCUGCCCAAGUCCUGGGCCUUCCAGAGCUCCUGGGGGAGGAUGCCUACUGGCCUCUUUUCCUCUCUGUAGUGGUGGUACCUGCUUUUCUGCAGCUCUUGCUACUGAAUUGGUUUCCUGAAAGCCCUCGUUACUUGUUUAUUGAGAAGAAUAAUGUCCAUGGAGCUGCUGAGGCAUUACGCUGGUUUCUUGGCAAGCACAAUGUGCAGGAUAUGAUUGAAGAGAUGGAGGAAGAGAAGCGUUCACUUGCCUCAGUGGAAUCUGUGUCUGUGUGGCGUCUACUGUCAGAUCGUUCUGUGCGAUGGCAAGUACUGUCUGUAGCAGUGGUCAACAUGGGUAUGCAGCUCUCUGGAAUUGAUGUGAUCUGGUUUUACACAAAUGCCAUCUUUGAGAAUGCUGGCAUUCCUGAUCCUGAGAUCCCUUACACCACAGUGGGCACUGGUGCUGUGGAGGUUGUUGCUGGCUUAAUAGGGUGUUUCACCAUUGAGAAACUGGGACGUCGUCCUCUUAUCGUAGUUGGCUUCUGUUUCAUGGGCAUCUGUUGUGCUGGCAUCACCCUGUCCCUGGUGCUUCAGGCGAGUGUGUCCUGGAUGCGUUACAUCAGUGUGGUUUUUGUCAUUGGGAUCAUUGCAGGAUUCUGCAUGGGACCAGCCGGGGUCCCAUUUCUGAUGACAGCUGAACUCUUCAAGCAGUCCCAUCGGCCAUCUGCCUAUAUUGUGGGUGGGUCCCUCAACUGGCUCUCAAACUUCACUGUCGGCUUUGUGUUUCCCUUCUUGCAGAUGUCAGCUGGUGCUUUCUGCUACCUGGUCUUCUGUGGCAUCUGCCUUCUAGUUGCACUGUAUGUCUUUUUCAUCAUCCCUGAAACUAAAAAUAAGACAUUUAUGGAAAUCAGCCACAUAUUCGCCUCCUCUCGCCAUACCUUCUUCUCUAACUUACCUGAUUCUAUCGAGAUGAUCGGGUUAAAUGGCUAUGGAGCCCUGGAGAACAGCUCCUUGGAACUGUCUGGAUCAGGAUCGAAUCUGCCCUGAGGCUCUUCAAUUCAUCAUUUUGGGAAGCCCUGUCUCCCUCCAUAGGGGAAGCCAUCUUAAUGAGCUAUCUUCUGUCAUUGGCCAAAGGAAGAUGAUUUACCUCCUUGUUUUCCCCUUUCUGAUCAACAGUACAAAUGGAGCCUGUAGAAAAAAUGGAAAAACAUCUCAUUCCAACCUAGAAAAGUUGCCUCUUGCCACCUGUCCCUCAUUUUUAGCUCCUUCUGCUUUCUAAUUUCUUUUUCCUUUCACUUCUUUAUAAACAGACUCAUAACAUUCUCAGGGAACUGCUCAGUGAAAAUGUUUCAAAUAUCAUGGAUGGAAUCCCUAUUUUCUGUAAAUCUUACAGCAGAGAUGGGGAACCCAUAACAUGCAGGCAGCCAAUCCAGCACCCCAAGAAUGCAUAGUUGAAUUUUGGAAGUAACAUUUUCCAGACUUUUUUUCAAAAAUUGAAAACAGGAGAAGGAGGCACCUCUUAUUCCCACCUUAACCUCCACUAAAGUACAAAA